AUGAAAAGUUUUAUAUUAAUUUUUGCUUCAGUCUUUAUAAUACUAAUUAAUUAUACUGUACUUUGUGAUGAAAUUCCAAGUGAUGAAAAUUUAGGUGAUGAUGCUUCAAAAAAUGAGAUCUUAAAUGAUAAUUUUAAUGAUAAUAGUAAUAAUGAACAUAGUGAUGAUGAGGGUUCUAUUAUUCAUUAUCCUAUAGAAAAUAUUGAAGGUACUACUAUUAAAACUUCAACAGAAAAGAUUCAAGAAAGUUCGCUUAAAACAACAACUCGAAUUAUAACUGAACGAACAACAACUAAACAUGGUGGUGAAGGUGAGUUAUCAUCAACUACUAGUGAAAGUACAGAUCUAUACUCUUCAACAUUAUCUCCAUGUCCGGUAUGCCCAAAAUGUUCAACAAAUUUUGCUCUUGGAACAUUUUUCUUUGGUAAUUUCUUUGGUAUGGCUUUAAUGCUUGUUAUGGGGUAUAUUUAUUUAAGUUGGCUUCGUCGCGCCUCAACAAUUCCAUCAUCAGCAAGAUUAUAUUAA